AUUGCCAUUAGCCCUUCAGUCUCGGCUUUGAAAGCCCUGUUUUUAGGAAGAGCCUCCAAAAACUAGCCUCCUUUCUUCUGGAGCCCCCUCCAGUUCUCAUGUCAGUCUCCCAGCCUGAGCCUGCUCUUCAGAGUCCAAAUCGGUCUGGAUGGGCCUCCAGGACCCGGCACACAUUAUCAAUGUAGAUCGCAGGUCAGAUGAAACUUCUCCUGGGCCUUUUUACUUUCACAGAUCACUCAGAAUGGGAAGGCAUGGUGGCAGAAGAUAGGACGCCAAAACAGCUAUACAGUUUGUGGGCAAAACAGAUUCAGAGAGGGUGGUUCCUGGUGGAUCUUUUCUGGCUGUAGAGGGCUCCAGGGAAACAUGGUGAUACCGGUCAUUUCCCCUGGAAAGACUCAAAAGGUGAGCAGAAGUAGAAAAAUGAGCAGAUACUAGAUUAAACAACAACAAAACUUGAUAAUUGAGGAUGUGGUUCUGUCUGAUUCUCUGCAAGCCCUGAAAACACAGCUGGAGAUGAGGUGAUGCAGAGGCGGGAGGAUGGGCAAGUCCCCUUGUCCUAUGUUCUCAUCUCUAAAGGUUAUCAUCAGAAUCCCAGCUCUGUGGCUUUCUUGCCAGCUGUGUGGCCUUUGGUAGAAGUACACUCACUCUCUACAACAGAAAAGAGGGCUCUGGACUUAGCCUUCCAGGUCUCUCUAAUGGAGCAAAAUCUCAUACCCAACCACCUGCUCUUCUGGCUAAAAAUCACAGGAAGAAACUCUGGGACCAGGAAGCGAGCUCCUUAUAGAUUUAGGGACACAGGGUAGUAAGUCCCUGGAGUGUGAUGCACUUUUUUCAAGAAUGAAAAUCCAUAAAGACGACCACUUCUUGAGGGAAUCCACUCAACCCUAUAAAUCCUUUUGUUUUUCCCCAGAAGAGGUAAGGACUUGGCCUGUUGGAUUCCCGAGUCCAUUUAAAGUUGAUGGAAUCCAAGCAGCCGGGUGAACUUAGUUGCAGGGCAGCUAGCUCUCCACCCAUGUUUAGCUGGAGUCAGCCCUCAUCCCAUUCCAUCUCCUUAUUCACUUUCUCCUUUAUGUGCCUGAAAAGGUUAUCAAAUGGCUUUACAGAUUUUUUUUUUCCUUGGGAGAAGCAAAUUACUACGUGUGGAGAAAAACUUAGAUCCUUCUAGUGCCCCUCAGAUUGUCCCUUGACAACCCAGAAAACUGCACAAUCGAACAGGUUGGCGCCAUCUAGAGGCAAAAGCAAUUCAGAGAGCCUUCAAAAGUAAGGACCAGCACUUCAGUAGUAAUUCGGCUCAACCUCUUUUCUGGCAUUCCGGGCCCUCGGGCCCAGGUGGGCGGGGCUCCAUUCACACCUUUCCGCGCCUAGCCAAGGGGAGGAGGCGGGGCAGGAGCCAGUGAGCCAAUGCCAUAGGCCUUGGUCACGAGUCGCCGGCAAGCGGGCCAAUGGGAGUAGGGGGCGUGGCCAGGGCCUUCCCCCUCCAAACGUUUUAUAGCAAUUUGGAACGCGAGGCUUUCCAGCGCGCUGGGGUACGGCUGUGACCUCUGAGCCCGAGGCUCUCCACGCGCUGCUGCUACCCGACCCCCUCCGCCUCGCCGUCCCGCACAAUGGAGUCGGUGGCCUUCCCCCGGCGCGCGGGCCAGGCUCCAUCAGCCUCCGCCCUGGCUACCGAGCGCGCCCGUGCGCUGGCGGACGGGCUCAUCAAGUCGCCCAAACCCCUGAUGAAGAAGCAGGCGGUGAAGCGGCACCAUCACAAACACAACCUGCGACACCGCUACGAAUUCUUGGAGACCCUGGGCAAGGGUACCUACGGGAAGGUGAAGAAGGCACGAGAGAGCUCGGGACGCCUGGUGGCCAUCAAGUCAAUCCGGAAAGACAAAAUCAAAGAUGAGCAGGAUCUGUUGCAUAUAAGGAGGGAGAUUGAAAUCAUGUCAUCACUCAACCAUCCGCACAUCAUUGCCAUUCAUGAAGUGUUUGAGAAUAGCAGCAAGAUUGUGAUUGUCAUGGAGUAUGCCAGCCGGGGUGAUCUGUAUGAUUACAUCAGUGAGCGGCCACGGCUGAGUGAGCGGGACGCCAGGCAUUUCUUCCGACAGAUUGUCUCCGCCCUGCACUACUGCCACCAGAACGGGGUUGUUCACCGAGAUCUCAAGCUGGAGAACAUCCUUCUAGAUGCCAAUGGAAAUAUCAAGAUUGCUGAUUUUGGCCUCUCCAACCUGUACCACAAAGGCAAGUUCCUCCAGACAUUCUGUGGGAGCCCUCUCUAUGCAUCACCUGAGAUUGUCAAUGGGAAGCCCUAUGUGGGCCCAGAGGUGGAUAGCUGGUCUCUGGGAGUUCUCCUAUACAUUCUGGUGCAUGGCACCAUGCCCUUUGAUGGGCAGGAUCAUAAAACACUGGUGAAGCAAAUCAGCAGUGGGGCUUACCGUGAGCCCCCCAAGCCGUCUGAUGCCUGUGGCCUGAUCCGGUGGCUGUUAAUGGUGAACCCCACCCGACGGGCCACACUGGAGGAUGUAGCCAGUCACUGGUGGGUCAACUGGGGCUAUACCACCAGAGUUGGGGAACAGGAAGCUCUGCGUGAGAGUGGGCACCUUGGUGGUGACUCUGGCCGGGCCUCCAUGGCCGACUGGCUACGACGCUCCUCCCGCCCCCUCCUGGAGAACGGGGCCAAGGUGUGCAGCUUCUUCAAACAGCAUGUGCCAGGAGGUGGAAGCACUGUUCCUGGGCUGGAACGACAACAUUCUCUUAAGAAGUCCCGUAAAGAGAACGACAUGGCUCAGACUCUGCAGGGUGACCCAGCUGAGGACACCGCCCCUCGUCCCGGCAAGAGCAGCCUCAAGCUACCAAAAAGCAUUCUCAAGAAAAAGGCCUCUACCUCCUCAGGGGUGGUACAGGAGGACCCUCAGGAACUCAGCCCAGUGCCUGAUACCCCGGGGCAGCCUGUCCCUGCUGUAGCCCUACUCCCGAGGAAGGGCAUCCUCAAGAAGUCUCGGCAGCGUGAGUCUGGCUACUACUCCUCUCCAGAGCCCAGUGAGUCAGGGGAACUCUUAGACGCUGCUGGUGAUGUGUUUGUGAAUGGGGACCCCGUGGAGCAGAAGUCUUCACAAGCUGCAGGGCACCUCCUGCACCGAAAGGGCAUUCUCAAACUCAAUGGCAAGUUCUCGAGCACAGCCUUAGAGAGCACCACCCCGAGCACUUUUGGCUCCCUGGACCAACUGGCCUCCCCUCACCCUGUAACCCGGGCCAGCCGCCCCUCAGGGGCUGUGAGUGAGGACAGCAUCCUGUCUUCCGAGUCCUUUGACCAAUUGGACUUGCCUGACCGGCUCCCUGAAACCCCACUGAGGGGCUGUGUAUCUGUGGACAACCUGAGGGGGCUUGAGCAGCCGCCCUCAGAAGGCCUGAGGCGAUGGUGGCAGGAGCCCCUGGGCGAUAGCUGCUUUUCUCUGACAGACUGCCAAGAGGUGACAGCAGCCUACCGACAAGCCCUAGGAAUCUGUUCAAAGCUCAGCUGAAGAUGCGAGGUAGUGCCCUAGUUUGGGGUGAGCUCUGAGAGGGUUUGCAGAGGAACCCUAGAUAGGAUUCCUGGGAAAACUGGGGGAGCAAAAGUGUAUCAAGGGCUCCAUGACUUCAGCCCGAUGAAGCAGGGAGAUGAGGAAGGAAAUGAUACUGAUGUGUGUGAGUGUGGCAGGGGACCCACCGAACCAAGGCUGCCAGGAUGUGUUAGUGGGGCCACGGAGACCUGAAGAGCACUCAGUCCGUGCCUACCUCCUCUAUGCCAUGAGUAUUACCCAUGGUGCAUUUUCCUACCUGUUCUUUGCCAGUGUCAGGGUGAAUCUUCAUACAAGUUCCUGUUUCCACCAACCACCAGAGUUGGAACCCUGACAUGCGUGGGGUAUUCUGGAGUAACCUUGCCUCCGUUAUUGAAAGAGGAAGCAGCCUCUUGUUCCCAUCUCCCACGCCCCAGCCACCCAGUGUCCCUCCCUGCUGUGGAUCUCAGAGACCUGAAAAGACUCAGGCUGCUGUUUGGCUUCAUCUCAGGGGACCAGAUGCCUCUGGACCCCACCUCAGACCUCAAAGACUUGAGCUUCUGCCUUGAAGCUGCUCCUGAUAUCUAGACUGUGGAUGGAUGUGUCUAUUUCUCAGGCUAACAGGACCUAGAAUGUGCUGAUUUAUUUAUUUUUUUGGCUCUCUCUCUCUCUCUCUCUCUCUCUCUCUCUCCCCCUCUCUCUCUGUGAAUUGUGCUGCUUUCAGUAAUGUGAAUGCUGUGUUCCCAGGAAAGCUACUGUGCCAUUGACAUCUAUGUACAGAAGUGUUUGGCAAUGAUGUACCUCCAAUGGUGGGGAGUGUGGGGCUGGCUUUUUCAAACUUAGGUCCUGAGCACUGGAUUGGCUGUCUGAGCCCUUCACACCGGAGGCUGUCCACCCUCCCGAAUCUGUGGCCAAAUAAACCUCAGUCCAUUAAAACCAGCAUGGUGACUGGAAAAACAA